CGCGCUCCUCUUCGCCAUCUACUGCGACACACACACACACACACACACACACACAGAGAGAGAGAGAGACAGAGAGAAGAGAAGUUUGUACUGGUACCCUGGUGCCCUGUCGUAUAUGCUAUCCUGGUAAUGGGCGGCGCUGGUGGCAGCAACGGCGGAAUAGCGGCGGCGGAGAUGGCGGAGUCGCAGUACGAGAAGGCGAAGAUAUCGGUGUGGUGGGACAUAGAGAACUGCCAAGUCCCGAAAGGCUGCGAUCCACACGCGAUCGCUCAGAACAUAAGCUCCGCACUCGUCAAGAUGAACUACUGUGGCCCCGUCUCCAUCUCCGCCUACGGCGACACCACUGGUAUUCCCUCCUCUGUCCAGCAAGCCCUCAACAGCACCGGCAUCUCCUUAAAUCACGUCCCUGCAGGUGUUAAAGAUGCGAGUGACAAGAAGAUUCUGGUGGACAUGUUAUUCUGGGCGGUGGACAAUUCUGCGCCCGCUAAUUAUUUGUUAAUUUCUGGUGAUCGAGACUUCUCCAAUGCUCUGCAUCAGUUGCGCAUGAGGAGAUACAACAUUCUCCUAGCACAACCUCAAAAAGCAUCUGCACCACUCGUAGCUGCUGCAAAGAGUGUAUGGCUCUGGACAAGUCUCCUGGCUGGAGGACCACCGGUAUCAAAUGGUGACUCACCUCAAUUUGUUCAUAGUGGCUCUAGCUAUUUACCCAAUUUCGAUUCAUUACAUAUUCCAGUUUCUAAUCAUAGUCAGAUAAACCAAACUGUGGAAACCCCUCAUUUGGGAACUCAGAAGUCUUCAAAUAUGGGAAGGGGAACCGAAACUAAACAGAAAGGGAAACCAUUUCGGAAAAACCAGAGUCAACCAAAUACUUCAAGAACUUCAAGUGUGCCAAUAGGGGUUCAAGAAAAUAAGAACAAUGCGAAUGCCCGUCAACCUGGAUAUACACAACCUAUGCAAUUCAAGGACCCCCAGGAAUCAUCUAGUGCUUAUAAUCCCAGAAUCUCCGUAAGUGGACCUGCCCCAAACUUCAUUCCUGGCAAUUCUGACCCUUCCUGGACCAACAGUAAUAACCUUCAGAGCACUCAUCAAAAUCAUUAUUCGCACCCUGUAAGACCAAACAACCUCCCUUUGCAAUCGUCAUUUGCACCAGGUAAUUUGUUUCCACCUGAUCCACACACCCAUGCAUCUCAUUUGAUGCCUCUGAGGCCUGAUGGACCAGGCUUUACUUCAGGUCCUCCAACAAAUGUGCCUGAUGUCGGUAAACCAACUAUUUCUGGAUACCCCAGCAAUGAUUACAGACCUUCUAUUUCUCAACCGCGAAAUGGAGUAGAGCCGAAACAAAGUAAAAUAAUUGAGUCCCCGAAUCAUGUGAACUUAAACGGUCUUCAAAGAGGACAUACUGUGCAUAACGCACCAUCAUUUUACCAUGACACACUGAACAACAGGUACCCGAAUGGUCCAGAAUUUCUUCCGUCAUCUUCCUCGGCUACGGGUACUGCUAAUACCUCUGGUAAUGGUGUAUGGGGAACUCCAGGAUUCCCCAAACCUUCUGACUAUGUUCAAUGCCUAAUCGGGGUAGUUUUACUUGCCUUGAACACGCUAAAAACUGAGAAGAUCAUGCCGACUGAAGAAAAUAUCGCUGAUUGCAUACGUUAUGGAGACCCCAAGCACCGCAAUACUGAUGUUAAGAAAGCCCUAGAGAGUGCGAUUGAGCAGCAGCUGGUAGUAAAGCAGAAUUUAGGUUCUUUGCAAGUAUUAUAUGUCGGUAAGAAUGAAAAACUAUGGAAGUGUGUGAACCCCAUAGGGGGUAAUCCUAAGCACUGCCCAAAAACAACUUGGGAUGAAAUCCAAAUUUUUUUAAAAUCCUCUGCUGGACGCUCUGCAAUAAUGGCUUCUCAAUGCAGGUAUGAAGCAGCUACUAUUCUGAAGAAGAUGUGCUUAAAAGAGCUUGCUUUGGGUGACAUACUUCAGAUUUUACACCUGGUGAUAAAUGCAAAGAAAUGGAUCACGCAUCAUCAAUCAGGAUGGCAGCCGGUUAACAUCACUCUUGCAGAGACCUUCUCUGAUUGGGAGUAGUUGGUACAUAAGCUCAAUCAGAACUAUUGAUUAUGGGGUAGCUUUGGAAGUUAAUUUAUGGCAGCCGAGUAGGUUCUUCUUGUUUUGUUCGAAUUUUAAGGAAGUUAGAAAGAUUCCUUGGAUGAAGUGUGGUUAGAUAUCUAGUUAUGCCCAGUUUAGCCCCUGUUGGAUGGAGAUUUGGGGGGGGUAGAAUGGGCACGAAGCUAAUAUCUAUAGAGGCAAAUUUGCAGAGGUUGUAGAGUUGCUAGUUGUUUGAUACAGGUCCAACUGUUGUGGUAUGCAUUGCUUUGCACAGGGUUGGAGCUUAUUUGUCCUUCUUGAUCAUUAGAUAUUUCAACUUCACGAGAAGUUGUUGAAUUAGAACAUGUCCAUAGCUAGCGGCUAAACGAAACUCUUCAAUGAAACAUUGCGGGAGAAGUCAAUAAACCUUGAAGCUAGUUAUCCCAGCAUAGACUAAUGUUUAUGCAUUGUACUGAAAAUGAGUAGUUUGUGUUCAUUUGUUACCUCCAAUGAUUGUGGAGUUAGCAGUGGAAGUGGUCCUAAAUUAUUGCAGUUUGCAAUAUCAAGGUGGAAGUAAUUUCUGAUGUCGAAAUUUAAUCAAGAUGGAGGAGGAGAUUUACUUAGUGAACAGAGAAAUGUAAGACCUUCGACCUUUGCAACGCAGCAGAGAGAUAUAAAAGCAGCCGAAGUUAUGCCAACGGAUUAUGUUAUUUUCCAGCUUCUAAAAUUGGUCAGUUUAAGGUGGAAGCCAGGUAAUGCCGUGUAUCACAGUACUAAGGUAUGCAUGCUUGUAUAUGUUUCGAUUAAAUAGCAGUUUGCAGAAUCAUGAAGUAUUGUUAGUGGAUGCCGGAAAUUGAACCAAGAUUUCUGUUGGGGUUUAUGAAAGACAGUUAUAUUCUGUUGCUGUGUUUGUAUAUAUACAUGUAAUGUUCAUGGGUGAGGACUUAAAUGUGUUCUUGCUGAGGAGAAACAUAUGAAUAAAGUUGCUUUUUAUAUAAUUGGCCCCGUUGAAAAAUCA